AUGAACCCAGAACAAAAAGAGAACGAAUAUGAAGGCAGUGUCUCUCCGAUGGAUACGACAGACGGCAGACCUUCUUCUGGUUACCAACAACCAGCUACACAACGACCUUUGACCAUGUCGUCAGGUACUUUACCUGUGGACUUUGCUUCAUUGACUCGAGAGCAGCUCUUGUACCAUUUGGACAGAAGUCAGCCACCGCUCAUCGCUGAUAGCUGCAUGACCAUACAAAGUGGUGACGAGAACGCCAACUUCUUCGACCGCGGACAUCCGUUGUACCCCCAAUUGGCCCCUGUCCGCGAUCCUGGCGAAGUCGGAGAAGACCAAAACCAGUAUACCACCAAUCCUGUCAUCGUCUUCAGCUCAUCGACUCUUGGAGGCAGUUUUCGGAAUUAUACUGAGGACGACUUUGGACAGCAAGGGAGUAGGACAACUGGCGGAGAAGGGGGCUCAAGAAGUCAAAAUGUCACCUUUGUGGACAAUGGGAACACUCAUCCUUCAAGAUCCAGGAGACCUACCCGAGCCGAGCUUAUGCGGCACUGUGCCGCGCUGACUAGAGAGAACGAGAGCCUGCUCAGCGAGCUCAAUGAAACUACUGAGAGGUUCCGAAAAAUAUCGCGCGAAGAUAUGGAGUUGCUUCAGCAGUCGGAGGCAAGGGAGCAAGCGUUGACGGAAGAGGUGGAGCAGCUGAAAAGUGAGAGGAGUGCGGCCAUGAUCCUCUCGCAACGUCUGCAACAUGACCCUGCGCAAUGA